GCAGGGGGCUCCUGUGACUGGUGCCUGCAGUGCUCUUCUGGGGGUCGGGAUCUGGGCAGCUGGCUCUCUGUCCGCUCUCAAGGCUACAGCCUAUCUUGCUCUGGCCGGGUCGCCUUGCGUUCACUGCCUUGUCCAGAUGAGCCUGGGGCGAGUUCCCUAACUUUGGGGCCGGCCUGGGUUGUAGAGGAGCGGGCGCCCCUCUGCAGCUGCGCCCCAGCCCCUGGUGUGGAGACUCCAGCGAGGGCUGCAGCUUCCCGGAGAGCUCUGCAGACGGCCCCUGCCCCACCCUCACUCCGCACUGCCCCCGGCGCCCGCAUCCCUGUCCCCUCCCCGGCCUCCCAGCUCAGGGCCGGCUCUUGUCUCUCUGCAGACUGGCUGUUCGUGGUCGUGGUCUGCCUGGCUGCCUUCCUCGUCUUCCUCCUGCUGGGCAUCUGCUGGUGUCAGUGCUGCCCCCACACCUGCUGCUGUUACGUCAGGUGCCCCUGCUGCCCCGAAAAGUGCUGCUGCCCAGAGGCCCUGUAUACUGCAGGCAAAGCUGCCACCUCAGGCGUCCCAAGCAUCUACGCCCCCAGCACCUAUGCCCACCUCUCCCCUGCCAAGACCCCGCUGCCCCCAGCCAUGAUUCCCAUGGGCCCUCUGUACAACGGGUACUCUGGAGACUUCGACAGGAAUAGCUCAGUUGGUGGCCACAGCUCCCAGGUACCCCUGCUUCGUGACACAGACAGCAGCGUGACCUCUGAAAUCCGUAGUGGCUAUAGGAUUCAGGCCAACCAGCAGGACGACUCCAUGCGGGUUCUGUACUACAUGGAGAAGGAGCUGGCCAACUUUGACUCUUCUCGACCUGGUCCCCCAAAUGGCCGUGUAGAGCGAGCCAUGAGUGAAGUCACCUCCCUCCAUGAGGACGACUGGAGAUCCCGGCCUUCCCGGGGCCCUGCCCUCACCCCGAUCCGGGAUGAGGAAUGGGGUCACCACUCCCCCCGGAGUUCGAGGAGGUGGGAACAAGAGCCCCCCCUGGACCGGCCAGGGAGUGGCUGGGGGGCCGGGCGGCCCCGAGCCCGUUCUGUGGACGCUCUAGAUGACCUCGCCCGGCCCGGCUCCACUGAAUCAGGGAGGUCUCCCCCAAGUAGUGGGAGGAGAGGCCGGGCCCGUGCACCCCCCCGAAGCCGCAGCCGUGAUGACCUCUACGACCAAGACCAAGACGACUCAAGGCACUUCCCACACUCCCGGGAUCCCUACUAUGAUGACUUCAGGUCUAGAGGCCGCCCUCAUGCUGACCCUAGGGCCCGCUACCACCCCUCCCGGGACCCUCCAGAUGAUGGCUCCAGGUCUGGGGACCCCCAAUAUGAUGGGCAGCUACUAGAAGAGGCCUUGAGGAAAAAGGGGCCAGCGGAGAGGAGGAGACCUUACAGGGAGGAAGAAGAGGAAGCCUACUACCCUCCAGCGCCUCCCCCUUACUCUGAGACGGACUCCCAGGCCUCACGGGAGCGGAGGCUUAAGAAGAACUUGGGCCUGAGUCGGGAAAGUUUAGUCGUUUGAUCUCAACGUUUUGUAUGUAACUUUUGUACUUUUUUUUAAAUUUGAGGAAUUAUCGAUGAUCUUCUCCUAAGACUAAUAAAACUUAUGAUCACAAG